AUGGGUCAAAAGAUCUCAGGGAGCAUCAAGUCUGUGGAUGUGCGGGAUCCACCUUACAGACCAGUCAAGCGAGAACUGAGGGGUCCAGACUUUUGCAAGCCUGCUCGAUUAGAUAUGCUGCUGGACAUGCCUAUGGCCACUUUGGACGUUCAGUAUAAACAUGCAUGGAAUAAUGAGGAUCGAUCUUUGAAUAUUUUUGUGAAAGAGGACGACCGACUGACGUUCCAUCGACACCCAGUUGCACAAAGUACAGACUGCAUUCGAGGGAAGGUUGGCUAUACAAGGGGCCUUCAUGUUUGGCAAAUUCAUUGGCCCACCAGGCAAAGAGGAACCCAUGCUGUUGUUGGGGUAGCAACUGCUGAUGCCCCUUUACAUUCUGUUGGAUAUACUUCACUGGUAGGAAGCAAUAGCGAGUCUUGGGGCUGGGACCUAGGACGAAAUAAACUCUAUCAUAACUGUAAAAACCAACCUGGUGUUACAUAUCCAGCCUUUUUAGAACCUGAUGAAUCAUUUGUACUCCCAGACUCCUUGCUGGUAGUGUUAGAUAUGGAUGAGGGGACACUUAGCCUCAUAGUUGAUGGACAAUAUUUAGGAGUUGCCUUCAGAGGACUCAAAGGGAAAAAACUUUAUCCUAUUGUUAGCGCUGUAUGGGGUCACUGUGAAAUUACAAUGCGAUACAUCAAUGGACUUGAUCGUAAGUAUUACAUUCACACUUCAUCUUGCUUAUGGCAAAUUUAUGUUUUACAGAGUUUUUAUUCUUUGACUUGUUAUGUGGUAUUUACUAUUUGGCUCAAUUACUGA